UUUCCGCGUCCGCCCGGUUGUCCGCCGCUCGGCCGACGUUUCACCAAUCGAACGGGCAUACGCGCGCUUUUCCGCCGCCGCCGCCGUCGUCGUCGUCGUCGUCGCCGUCGCCGUCGUCGCUGCCGGGCCGCAGACAUGUAUGGAUAACAUCAUAAUACCUACACAAGGUAUAGCCCAGAAAACAUCACUAUGGCACCAACACUGCCAGAGUGGGCUUCCAUUGUUAAGAACAAAGUUCUACGAAUAUUUCAGGACUCAAAUCAACAACAAUAUGAUGAGUUCGAAUUCGCAAACAAAUCACAUUUAGAAAAGUCUUCCAUUCCCUACACUGAAGAUUAUUCGGGUAGUGGUGAAUUCGGUCUACAAAGUCCUACCGAGUCGUUGUCUUCGCCCGUUCGCCCACCACUCAGGCACAUCGAUAAAUACAUUAAACCAGAAAUACCGAAUCUUAGCAAGAGAUAUACAAUAGCUAUACUAACAUGCGUCGGUUUUAUGAUCUCAUUUGGGAUGCGGUGCAAUAUGUCAAUGGCCAAACUGAAAUUUCACAUAGGAUCCGAUGAUGAUGACGUCGCUAGUCAGAAUAUCACCACGACUACAGCGCACACGCCCUUGGGUAACACGCCUAUUCACGAAAGGCCGAUCAACUGGUCCCUUGGAUCGUUUGUCGCCAUCGAAAUGUCAUUCUUUUGCGGAUAUCUCAUCACUCAAGUGCCCGGUGGUUUUCUGGCGUCCAUGUAUCCGGCAAACAGAGUGUUCGGGAUCGCUAUUGCCAUGUCGUCCUGUCUGAAUUUGUUGGUGCCUUCGGCGACGGAGAUCGAAAAAUCUUUGUACGUAAUAAUCAUCAGGAUGUGUCAAGGAUUGGUUGAGGGUGUCACGUAUCCGGCUUGUCACGGAAUCUGGAGACACUGGGCACCGCCGUUGGAAAGAUCGCGUCUGGCCACCAUAGCCCUGUGCGGUUCGUACGCGGGCGUGGUGGUUGGCAUGCCGCUGUCUGGUACACUGAUCGACUGGUUCAGCUGGGAGGCACCGUUUUACGUAUACGGAGUUUUGGGGUUGAUAUGGUAUGUGUUCUGGCUGUGGUUAUGCUUCGAGAAACCGAGCCUCCAUCCCACCAUAUCGGCUAGAGAGUUAAACUACAUCGAAUCGUCGUUGGGCGCCGCCAAACAGUCUGCCGCUCCGACAAUCCUUAACACACCUUGGAAAGAAUUUUUCACCUCCAUGCCCGUGUACGCCAUUAUAGUUGCUAACUUUUGCCGGUCGUGGAACUUUUACCUCCUCGUACUGUUCCAGGCGUCAUACCUACACUCGUUCAAUUUCGAAGUGUCUGCAACUGGUUAUAUCGGCGCUCUACCCCAUCUGCUGAUGACCAUAGUGGUACCACUCGGAGGUCUGCUGGCUGAUCACAUAAGGAAAAACGGUAUCUUGUCCACGACUGCCGUUAGGAAGAUUUUCAACUGCGGUGGUUUCGGCAUGGAAGCCACGUUUUUCCUCGUGUUGGCCAACGCUCGCACACCACUUAUGGCCACAAUCGCUUUGACAUGUGGUGUGGCGUUCAGCGGGUUCGCCAUUUCCGGGUUCAACGUUAACCAUUUGGACAUUGCGCCAAGAUAUGCCAGUAUACUGAUGGGCAUAUCGAACGGAAUCGGAACGAUAGCCGGACUCCUGUGUCCGAUUGCAAUCAACAUCAUCAUCAGACACAAGACAAGGCAAAGCUGGAGUGAGGUUUUCAUACUGGCAGCCGUCAUUCACUACAUUGGAGUGAUAUUUUAUGGUAUAUUCGCCUCGGGAGAAUUGCAACCAUGGGCCGAACCCAAAGUGGAAGAAGAUCAACAAAUGGAUGAGGUGAACGUCGACAAGAAAAAUAAGCUAUCGUCGUACGGUUCAGUCGAACAGUCGUCGGGCAAAGGGUUCGUGAACGCUGGCCUGAACACCAAGAGCAGCGUUGGCGAUACCGAACCAGCGCCGCCAACCGACAACCCGACAAAUCCGUUCCUGGCCAAGCCCGCCGUUGCCACCGUCACCACCAAUCCGUUCGUCACGUCCGAAUGAUAACUUUGUAUCUAUUUUGAUGUAACGAAUAAUUCGAGUUCGGAUCGCACUGUCGUGGCGUCGAUUAUUAUCAUUACAUGGAUAUUAUAUAAUAAUAUAACAAUAUUAUAUAUAGGCCGGUACUUCGCGAGCAAUAAUAAUAUGCGUAGUCUCGAUUGUGUUUUCUCUUGUGUAGUUGUUUUUUAGGUAUUAAAAUAAUAAUUUUUAAGUAGACAAUAAUAUUAUUACAAUUGAUUUGUCUCAAUCAUUUGAUUUUGGUAAUAAUUAUUGCGUAGUAAUAAUCAUAGUAAUAAUAAUAAUAAUAGUAUUAUCGUACUCAUCUUCGCAUCUAUAUUAUAUUGAAUUAUAAUAUUAUAGUAUAAUAGAACCUAGAACACGAAUUUCGCGUUUAUCGAUAAAAUUUAGUGUAAAUUGAAUAAAUAUGCAUUUAUCGAUGUUUCCAUAUUUAUUAUUAUAAUAUACUGUCAAUUUCUUUUUAUACGGUAUCAAAUAAUAGAUACCGUCUUGUAACGGAUGUUAAAUAAGUAUAUUAUUAUACAUAUUAUAAUGUUUCAUAACGCUUUGUCGGCUCGAAAGCACUCGGCCACAAAAUGAUAAUAAUAAUAAGUAAUAUUUUAAUAUAUUUUAUUGUUUUAUGAAAGUAGUAGGUACUUUAAAUUGUAUCCGAAAGUAUGGUACUUACGUAUAAGCCGGUAUCCGGUUUCCCACUAUUUUCGAAAAGUAUUUAACUCAAAAAAUAAUUUAUAUUAACAGUACGUAAAUAAAAUGUAAUAAUAAUUAUGAACUAAAAAUGAAACAACGUUAUUUCAGUCGAACAAGCAAAAUAAAAAAUUAAUUUUGUUUUUGAAGGAAAAAUUGCAGUUCCAAUAAAAAUUUUAUUAGUAAAAAGGUGGGCUUACACACUAUUAUGUCGUCGGUAGUAUUAUGAUGAAUGUCGUUUAUUUGUUCACAAAAUUCUUGGUCUCCUAGUUAGGUGCGACUCUGACGUUUAAACGCUCUGAAAAUUUUACCGGUAGUGUAAUUAAUAAUCAUUUGACCACUAUAACUGGACGUCAACAGAAUAUUUUUUAACUUUAUGGUAAUACCUAUCCGGUUACAUGGUAUGAUAUUUAAAAAGUUAAUCACAACUUUCAGUCAAUUAAAACAUUAGGAUUUUAACACAUUGCGUUAAAUCAUGGACGACAUCAUGAUAGAGUGUAAAGUCGCUUAUUUAGACAUAUUGUAAUUUCUGUUAAUGGUACAUCGUGUAGUCCAUUUUAACGUCAGACACUCAUUAUUUAAAAAACUAUGUUAUUAAAAAAAAUUGUACAUAAUUUAUGAUCAUCAAAAAAUAAGAUUGCUUUUAAAAAAUAAAUGAAUAUUUUUAAAAAUUUUAUUAAACACGCAUCUUAUAAUAUUUUAUCAAAAACAAAAUAUCUUAUGUAAUAUUUGGAUACAUAAAAAUCGAAUUUUGAAAGUGUAAUUUAUGAGUUAUACGAAUUUAAAUUUUGGAUGAACGGAUUAGGUGUACCAGUGGGUACUUGUGUAGGUAUCCUUCGAAGUAUUAGUCUACUACGUAACUUUAAAUACAAAUAAUUAAUAAACUAGUGGCCAGAAAUUUGGUUAUUAUACAUCGAAAUAUUCUGCUUAGGAAUAUGUAUAUUAAAAAUGUAUAUUAUCAUUCAAAAGUGUAUACACUUAAGAAUUAUAAUUUUUCAAAAAAUAUUGUUUUUGUAACAACUCAUCGAUUAUGUAUAAAAAAUAUUUUCAAAAAUGUGCUCUCUGAAAUAAUGAGUAUCUUACGUUAAAUCGAUCAUUAUAUUGUAUCGAGUAUUGAAAUCUGUGGGAAUCCGGUUAAGAUGUAUACCGUUAUUAUAAUAUUAGUCCUCCGAGAGAAUAAAAUCAGUAUUCAUGAACCACACAUUUAUAAAUCUAUGAUGUUAACACGUCUAUGAGCUUCGAGAUAUCUUGCUGGUGGGAUCGCUAAGGCAUCUACCGGUGGAUACAUCGAUUGAUAGCGGUAUUCUCUCCGUUGGCAGAAUAAUAAUUUUUAAUAUAAUUUUAUUAAUGUUAUAAUAUAACUAUAUAAUAAUAUUAAGCAUCAUUAUAAUCCGCGGACAAUAUGUAAGUAUCAUAAAUUCAUAAAUUACGAUGACGACGUUCGCAUAAUAUUGUAUACUGUCAAUUUCUAUUUAUACCAUGUAAUAAUAGACACUGUUCCAUAAAUAAUAUUAAACAAUAAUUUUACGUGUUAAUGUCUUAUUAUAAGCUUCGUCGGCUCAAAUACGCUCGACCGCGUUUAAUAUAUAAUAAUAUUAUAGGUAGGUACUAGGUGUUUGGUUCUAUUAUAGGCGUAGGUUAAGUUAGACUUACUCGAACGGUUGUUAUAAUUCACGUUUUUCUUCUAAUACAAAAUAUUGUAUUAAUAAUGUUUAUCGUUUAUUCUCGGUCAGAAUCGAACGCGUGUUGAAAUGUGAUCAGCAAUAACGAUGUCGGUGCAUACGCAUAUGCGUUAGGUGGGUGAUAUAUCGAAAGGUCAUCUGAAAUUUAUUAGUUGAGAUUUUCGUCCUCCCACACAACGCGAUAAUUGUCCGAAUCAAUGUUUAACUGACACUCAUCGUGUGAUUCGUAAUUAGUAGUUACAUAAUAUUAUUAUAAAACUAUGCAUAAGUAAAACGGUUGUAUAGAUUAUAACGUCCCUCGUCUAGACGUGAGAACCGAUCAAUGGUUAGUGUGGCAUUAGAAUAAGUGUUAAUAUGUUUUUUUAGCGUGUAAAUUAAUAGACUACUUAAAUAUAAAACAUUUUAAUUUAUAAUAUGUAUAGGUACUAUAAUAUAGUUGUACUAUUAAUAUGUCCAUUGCAUAUUUCGUAUGCGAUGAAAGCCUUUUCGAAAUUCGUCCUACUGUGAUACAAUAUAUUAACAUAUUGUUAUACUAUGCAUGGCGCACGCGAGUCAUACCUAUAAUGGGGGCGAGUGCACAAUAUAUUUUUAUUCCGAUAGAACCGAAAUGUCGGACUUACGACGAUAAUAUGACAUAUACGACGGAUAACAGAAUAACAAUAUAAUGUUCUAUUGCUCCCCUCCCCCCCAAAUCGACUAGACAACCCAACAUAUUUAGAUGAUGUUAAAUGUCUCAACAAUUUCUUUUUAUUUCGAGUAUUAAACGUUUUUUAUUCACCCGUAUAAUUCCUUCUAGUGCUGUUAUAGUUUUAUUUAAAAUCAAGUAAAUUAUAAGAUAUUUUUAAAAAGUUUUUUUGUAAAAUGUCAAUUAAAAUGUUGUACUAUGAAGUACAAUUCUGUUGAUUUUUUUGCCGAAUAUUAAUUAUUGUAUUAUUUUGUAAACAAAGCCACUAAUAUAUUUGAACAUAAUUUCCUCAAUCGAGUGUUUUGAAAAAAAAGUAGUUUAGGUCCGUCAUACACAACAUAAAUAUACUGAAUCAAUAUUUCUCUAGAUUUUACGUUUUUUAUCGGGGAAAACUAAUUAGGAAAACGUUCGUUCACACGGAAAAAUACUACUAGACACUAGUACAUAUUAUUAUUGUUCAUCGUCAUAUAAAAUUUAAACUCUUUGAAUACUAUAAGAAUAGUUUCCGUAAGAAUUAAAAACUAAUACUUACGAUGUUCUCGAAGCUCGACCUUAAGUAAAACAAACAAUUCUAAGAUUUUUAUAACAGUUCAGUUAUGCACAGCGAAUGUAAAAAAUAUACCCGUGUUUGAUUGAUUCGCCCCUUUAAAUGUAUAUUUUACCGUAAAUAUGUGUAGUAACUGAUAAAUACUUUUCACGCCCAUGGGCCAUGGACAUAGAAUAAUAAUAUUAUAGAAAUAGGUAGUAUAAUGAACCGUCAAACAUUUCAAAUGUCUCUUUUAGCUUUUAAACACCUAAAAUUAAAACAGAUAAUCUUCAUUCAUAUUAUAUUGUAUGCGCAUAAUCAAUUAUGAAUAGUUAUAAAUACAGUUUAGGAAUAAAUAAGUUGACGUACCUACUAGUAAAAUAAUUUAAACGCAGAUGUCACUCGAUUUAAUCAACUUUUUAACGUACAUUUAUUAAUCUUGAAUAAAUUCACCUCUAUUGUUUUAGUUUUACGAAAAAGUCUAAAAAUCAUACCAAUAUUAUGCUUAU